CUUUUUUUUCUUUAAUAAUUUUUCCUCUUCCACAACAAAAUUCCCAUGAAAAAAAGAGAAAAUAUUUUUUAUUGACGUUUUAUUUAAAACAUUCAAUGAAUCAAACCCAUAGCAACGAACGAACCUCACCCUCUCUUUUCUUCCUUCAUUCAAACCUUCGCCUAUUCCUUUGAUCCAUUUCCAGAUUCCGCUUCCACUUCGCGAUCAUCGCUUCAUUCUUCUGUUUCUGAACAUUGGUGUAGUUGGAGUUUAUUUUAUUCCCUUAUGGAGAAUAUCCCUGUUGAAGUGAUUGGUAAUAUACUAUCUCAUAUUGGAUCUGCUCGUGACACUGUGAUUGCUUCAGCAACUUCCAAGAAAUGGAGAGAAGCUUGGCGUUCUCAUCUCCACACUCUAUCAUUCAACUCUUGUGAUUGGCCUGUUUAUCAUGAAUUAACCUCUGAUAGUUUAGAAAUACUCAUUACUCAAACAAUCUUUCAAACCAAGGCAUUGCGGUGUUUAAUCAUUUCUAUGGGUGAUGUUCAUGAAUUUUCGACUGCGCCGGCUAUUGCUUGGCUUAUGUAUACAAGGGAUACCUUGCACGAGUUGCAUUUUUACGUGAGCACACCUCCGGUGUUUAAUAUUAUUGAGAAAUGCGGUAGGCAGAAGCUGGAAGUGUUGGUGUUGGGUCGGAACUCUAUUACGCGUGUGGAGCCUAGUUAUCAGAGGUUUCCUUGCUUGAAGUCGCUUUCGUUGAGUUUUGUUAGCAUCUCGGAGUUGGAUUUGUGUCUUUUACUCAUGGCUUGUCCGAGGCUUGAAACAUUGUGUAUGGUUAGCCCGGAAAUCGCUAUGUCGGAUUCGCAGGCUUCCAUGGAGCUUAGUAGCUCUUCUUUGAAGGAGUUCUCUGUUGAGUCGUUUGGUUUGGAUAAAUUUGUAAUGGAGGCGGAUUUACUCGAGUGUUUACAUCUUAAAGAUUGUACUUUUGAGGUUUUUGAAUUGAUUGGAAAGGGAUGUUUGAAAGUGUUGAAGGUUGAUGAUGUGAGUGUCAUCCAUCUUGAUAUUGGUGACAAUGCAGAUAACCUUGAGUUUGUAGACAUAAGCAACUUCACAAUUAUGUGGCCGAAGUUUUACCAUAUGAUCUCAAAAGCAUCGAAGUUACGCAGACUUCGACUCUGGGGGGUGGUUUUUGAAGAUGAUGAAGAAGUUGUGGACUUGGAAAUGAUUUCUGUUUGCUUUCCUCAAUUGAUGCACUUGUCAUUAAGUUACGAUUUAAGAGACGGUGUACUUAAUUAUGGCUUACAAGGCUCGUCUCUUCUGAUGAAUGUGUCGGUGCUAGAACUUGGAUGGACUUCAAUCAAUGAUCUUUUUGCAGUAUGGGUAGAUGGGCUUUUGGAAAGAUGCCCCAACCUGAAAAAAAUGGUCAUUCAUGGUUUUGUUUCAGAGGUUAAAACACAUGAAGAGUGUAUAAUUUUAGCAAAAUUUACCGAAUUCAUUACACAACUUGGAAGACAAUACAUGGAUGUAAAGAUAGAGUUUGAAUAUGAAUAGCGAGUUUCGUAACUCAUUCAUUCUUGUCAAAGCCUUGACCAUCAUUCAACAAGAAGGCACUUCUAUAUCUCAUGUAUUACUUUGUUCACUGUUGUUUGUUUCCUCAAUUGUGAAUCGCUACUAUUCACAAGAGUUAAGAAAUUGUAAAGUAACAGUUUUUUGUGUAAAAUAGAGAAUUUUGGUUUCUACAUCUUAGUUUUACCUUUAGAUCUUAACCCUCGCAUCGCCUCUCUUUUAAUUCAUGUUCUGAUGCUUUUGCAUAUUAACAGAGCUGUGUUUAUUUGUUCAAUCUAGAGGACAUUGAUGAAUGAUGAUCAAACACAGAGAUAUCACAUCCAUCAUGUUUCUAAUAUGUUGUAAGACUGCAAUUUUACUCUUUCUAACUGUGAAUAUUCACUUUUCGACUGUUUCA